CUCUUUAAAUAAAGCGCUUUAUUAAUCAUUUGGUAUAUUUAUACAUACUUUGUUACGAAUGGCGUAGAACGUUGCGACGCGUUUUGGUGCACGCAAUGCUCGAAUGCACUUCACGUGUUUAAACCCUAUCACUAAUUAGUCAAAUUACAGGAGAUCGAGUAAACCAAGGUCCGAUCCGAACGACACCAUGAGCAAGCUGUGCAGGCAGGUGUCUAUAGAGUCACCAGGCGCUGUUAUCAACAAUUGCGUGCUAAAACAUGAAGUGCCCGUCCCCGAAGAGAUCCCUUCUUCUGGCGUGAGAAUCCGUAUAGUGUGCGCGGGGGCUUGCUACAAGAAGAUGCGUACUAGCCAUGACGGAGUUGAGCAACCAAACGCUACCCAUCAUGGGAUUAGGGAUGGCGCUUUGUUUUCCGGUUACGAAGUAUCUGGAAUAGUCGACGAGCUUGGCGCCGAUGUCAAGAACGUCUUUAAAAUAGGCCAGAGGGUUGUUCUUUACCCCUAUGAAGAUUUUCCACAAGGAUAUACGGAGUACAUUGUUGUACCGAAUCCGGAAAAUCUGGUCCCCAUCCCCGACAACCUGCCGCUCAGCGUGGCUGCUAUGCUACCCACGGGAGCUUUACUUGCAAAGAAUGCCGUAAUCGCUGCCCAUCUUCACGUAGUGGAUCUGAUCAAAGAAAUACCACACAACAACGUGAAAAUUCUCAUUGUCGGCACCGGAGGCUUGGCUCUCUGGGCUAUAAGGAUUGCUUCCCAUCAUUUCAAAACACCGGAGCACGAGAACAAAGUUAAUGUCACAGUUGCUACACUUCGAGAUGAAGGCUUCAAACUAGCCAAAGAGAUAAUGAACGUUAAUUUGGUGCAAUGGAACGAAGACCUCUACGAGGAUCAGCUAAUCGAGAGAACCAAAGACGCUUGCAGCGGAUAUGUCGAUAUCGUCAUCGAUUUUGCUACAACAUCGAGAUCUCUACAACGAUCACUUCAGUGCUUAAACAACAAAGGUGUUGUUUUGAUUAACGAGGAAGCCGCUGAACAAUUGAUACCUAAGUUUAAACCCAUCGCAGAACAGAAGCAGCAAAAAAUAGAAGUGGUUGCUAAAGGUGACAUUCAACAGUUGAAAGAUUUGGUGACGUACGUUUCGAAAGGUGAGAUUAUUCCGCCGCCCCACAAGGAAUUCCCAGCUGAUGAUGUUGUCAAUGUCGUACAGAUGCUCUGCCAAUCUGAGAUCCCCGGUCGGGCGAUCCUUAGGUUCCAUGACGUACAGUAACUAUAUCAGAGUCAAAUGUAAUGAAAUUCAAUGUGAUAAUU